AUGCUUCGGUGGAAAACGAUAUGCUGUAAUCCAUAAGUAGGAGCUAGUUUUACAACUGCUUGCAUGAGGAAAACACCUGAAAAAUUUUUGGGAUUAGCGUCAGCAUAUGCUGAGAGACAAAUGAUGCAUCAUUUUGCGCAAGGACUUUACCCAGAUUCAGGGAUCUAUAUUUUCGCUGACAAGUGCUUGAGAAAAAACCCUAUCAACGACUCACAAUUAGAAAGCUACUGCAAUGACAAACUUUUAGCAUUAAAAACAAUAGCAAAUCCGUCAUUCAGGGAAUCAAUAAAAUCUCACUUAACCAAUAUCGACACGAGUAUUAGCAAAAUGGUAAGGUUUAUUUAGCUUAAAAUUGAUAUAAAAGCUACUGAUAUUGUGACUAAAUUUUUCGAUUUUUAUGGAACAAAACAUAUGCAUGCUUCCGCCAUGUUACUUAUGGCUCAAGCUAUAGGAAGAAUUUCAAUGAAACAGUUGCUAUUUACCCAAUCAAUAGAAAUGGCUCAUUUUGGCAGCUCAAUUCAUAACAAAAUUUUAGAUAAUUCUAGUGAAGCAAGUUGGCUUCAUAUGUUUUUGGGCGAUAAUGGAAUGAUAUUAGGUGGUGAUUAUAUGAUCUCUAAUGCGUAAUUUUUAUCCAGCUCUAUUGAAUGCUGCAGAAUUAACAGUUUGCCACUAAUUCAGUUGCUUUGUUUGAUUAUUCAAAAUAUUGCAAAAGGGUCAAUUUUGUCCUUGAAAGGGGAAGGAAUUUCUGAAGUCCUGAUGAACUAUUGUGCACUGUGUUUUUAUAAGACAGCCAGCAUUAUGGCUAAUGGGUGCCAAGGGAUUGCAUAUUUAGCUAAUAUAGCAUAGGUCCUUAUUUAGAUACUCCAAAGAAAAAAUAUAUCAAAAAGAAGAAAAUCCGGCAUGCCAAAACUAAGUAUUUUUAUUGAGAAAUCUAAAAGAGGGCUUAUGCUAUAGUGAUACGAAGAUAAGUUAUGACUAUGGAAAACACAUUGGAAUGGCUCUCAGUGUAGCUAGCGACAUUAAAGACUAUUUAAACGGAAAACUUAAAUAUAACUCUUUCCCUGUUCUUUUUGCAGCAAACACGCAUCCUAGCAUACACAAGCUAAUUCAAGAAAAACAAGAAAACCUUGCAAAAGAAUUGAUAGCAGAUGCAAAUGGCAUUAACUGGGCCAAAAAAUUAGCCAUUCACCACAUAGAAGCUGCCAUUGAAGCAGCUAACCAGUUUGAAAGCCCAAAAGAGCUUGUCGCGCUAGCAGCAAGUAUCUCGAAUAGCCUUUAA